AAUCUGCCAUUCCCGUAAGUUGAUAGUUGCGCUGUUUGCAUAGCUGACCACCCACUGAAGCCAAGGCACGUGAAACUGCUGUCCACUAAAAUGGGCCUGAAAGUCACGUGGGACCCACCCAAAGAUGCUACCAGUAGACCCGUGGAGCAUUACAACAUUGCCUAUGGGAAGUCACUGAAAAGUCUUAAAUACAUCAAGGUGAAUGCCGAGACGCACUCCUUCCUUAUUGAGGAUGUGGAGCCGGGGGUGGUGUGCUUUGUGCUGGUUACUGCAGAAAACCCCAGUGGAGUGAGCCGUCCGGUUUACAGAGCUGAAAGCCCGCCUGGAGGUGAAUGGAUCCGGAUUGAUGGUUUUCCCAUUAAGGGUCCAGGACCAUUUAAUGAAACCACCACAGUCAUUUUGGAGUGUGGUUGGAUAAUAUCCCAAAGGCAAUAUGGCGAGGACCUGUAUUCUGUUUUCAUGAAUGCUGUUUUUAAGUCCGUCAAUCUGGUGUUGUUGUUGAGAGGAAGACAGUACACUGUGCGCUAUCGAGAAAAGGGGGAAUUGGCAAGGUGGGAUCACAAGCAGACCUCCAACAGACGCGUGUUGGUCGAGAACCUGAUUCCAGACACCAUGUAUGAAUUCGCAGUCCGUAUUUCACAGGGUGAAAGAGAUGGCAAAUGGAGUACAUCUGUCUUCCAGAGAACACCAGAAUCUGCUCCUACAACAGCUCCUGAAAACUUAAACGUCUGGCCAGUCAACGGCAAACCUACAGUUGUCACUGUAGCUUGGGACGCACUGCCCGAGACCGAGGGGAAAGUGAAAGAAUACAUUCUUUCAUACGCCCCGGCUCUCAAACCAUUUGGAGCAAAGUCCCUCACCUAUCCCGGAGAAACUACUUCUGCCCUAGUGGAUGGUCUGCAGCCUGGGGAACGCUAUCUUUUCAAAAUCCGGGCCGCAAACAGGAGAGGACUGGGUCCUCACUCCAAAGCCUUCAUUGUCGCUAUGCCAACCAGUUCUGGUGAGUCCAAUGUGCAGCAGAAGACCCAUGCUGAGGAUGACUGGAAAUCUGAAAAGCCAGAAGCUUCUCCCAAAGCGCCCACUUCCUCAAAACACACUCAUUUGCCUGUUUCUCUGCGAGGCAGAAAUGUCAAAAACCCUCUUCUUGACUUGAAGAACAAAAUACUGGCUAAUGGUGGGAUGCCCAGAAAACCCCAGCUUCACCCUAAGAGGACUGAAGGGUUGGAUCUUCAGUUGACAGAAAUCACCGAUGAGGAGGGGCUGGAUUCCCGGGGGGACCCACCAAUGUUGCCCUCGGAGACCCAAGACCAGAAGCCACAGCAGAGGCCACCAAGUAGAUCUGUGUCCCCAGUCCUUGCUCCUGGGAGGACCCCAGUGAGAGUGCUGCCCCAAAAGGAAGGGGCAGACCGGGGUGGCUCCUCUCUGGCUUCCCACCCUCGUCCAGGGGCGUCCUCCUCUGCAGCACACACACCCAUUGAGGGUAGCCCUCACCGCCCUCCAGUGGCGCCCUCCACCACCCUGCCCCCCAGCUCUACUGACAAUGACUCCGUGGGCCAAGAAGAGGAGGAGCCAGCCGCAGACUCCCGGGACCGCAAGGACGCUGCCUCCCAGCGGCUGCCUCCCAAGAGCACCGCCCAGGCUCGGCCGGCCCUGUGGCCCAGCCGCCAGGCCACCUCGAGCGCCCUGCGGGACAGAGGCCCUGUGCACCACGGCACAAAACCAGCCUUGCCUGCGCGGAGAGCACCCCAUUUUGGGGGUAGGGAGGAAAAUUCGGGUGCUUCAGUCUCACCCUCGAAACUUUCUCCGCCCCAGGGAGGGUCAUCUCGGCUGCUGCCGACAGAGCCACACCCCGGGGCUCCCGUGUCCAGGGGCUGGAAGGAUGGUCAGGACGCCCCAGCCCCCAAGUCCAGUGCGCCAUCACAGUCCAAGUCUUCCUCGUCUUCUGGUCUCUCCUCAAGGACACCGGUCUCUGAGGGAGAGGAUGCCUCUGACGGCGAUGGUGACGGUGAUACAGAAGUUAGAGGCAGGCAGGCUGAGGCCACGGCCCCCACGUCUCGGGCCCGGCUGCCCGCAGGUCCGCCUGUCUCUGGACAUUUCAGUUUGUUCAGAAACAAGCCCUUUGCUGCCCACACGAGAUAUCCAAGCCGCUUUGGCAGUGGCCGAGGACCCCGGUUGCAUCCCUCCAGCUCUCCACCGGCCACCGUAACCCCCAGAGGCCACUGGAGGGUGAAUUCUCACCCAGCUUCGGACCCCAGGCAUGGCUCCGGUAUCCAUGGAGACGGCGCCGAGAGCAAAGCAGAGGACGAGAAGCCGCUGCCGGCCGCGGCGAUAAACGACCGCGUGUCUUCCUCCUCCAGGCAGCCCGCCUCCCUGGGCGUGGACCACCUAAGAAAAGGCCCGCAGAGAGGGGUGAGCCUUCCUCGGAAGGAGCCCCUGGCCGAGCACCCCAAAUCCGCCGGGACCGAGGCAGGUGCGCAUCCUCAGGGCAAAUCCCUGCCCUCCAAGGCGCUGGAUGUUCAACAGAGCACAGAAGUGGGUGUGGAGGGCGGCUCUCCGAAGGCGCAGUUGGCCCCCGCUCCGCGGCCUGCGACGCGGUCCCAGCACCACCCCGGGCCCGGCGUGCCCAAAAGGAUGGCACCCGGCCAGGGCCUGGGUGCGGGGGCCGCCGCUUCGGAAGGGCAGCCUUCCCCUGCGGUCUCCGUGUCGCAGCCACAGCCCCAAGGCCCCCCGAGCAAGGAAGUGGGGCGUCCGCUGUCCAAACCCAAGCCCGAGCUGCCCCAGGCUGGGCGUCCCCACCCCGCGGCGCAGGAAAGCGCCUCCUUCUCGGACCCCUACGCGGCCAGAGGCAGUCAGUCCCCGCACACGGCAAGCUCCCGAGGGGUGCUCCCCACGUCUCCGCACCAUCGGGACGAGGAUUCCGAGGGCAGAUCUGGCGGAAACCACCACGACAGCACCGAAGCAGAGGCCCGAGGCUCCCGGGCGCCAGCACACCUGGCCCAGGCCGGGGACCCCAUCCUGUCCCUUCCCAAGCACCGCCAGCUGGAGGCUCACGCAGGAGGCGCGGGCGACAGUCAUCUCCGCAGACCCCCAGGCUCCCCGCUGAGGCCCGGCAGCCCCCGCCACUACCCCCACGCCCGCCCUAGGGUCCCGGGCCGAGCGGGGCCCCAGGCUGUGGGGAACAAGGACCGCGCUUCUCAGGCCGUGCCGUCCAAAAGGGAGCCCCUGACCUCUAAAUCUCAGCAGUCGGUCUCGGCGGAGGAGGAGGGUGAAGACGCGACGUUUUUUAAAAGAGGAAAGGACGAGGACCCUCUGUCCUCCUCUGUUCCAAAGUGGCCCUCCUCCUCCAGUCCCAGGGGCAGCAAAUAUGUGGAUGGGAACAUCGCUAAGGACAAGACGGACCCUGCCAUUGUGCUCUCGCUUCCCAGGGUGAGCUCCCCCCAGGACAAGAACGACACUCCUGUGAAGCGUCCUCCUCCCCCCCCUCCCAGCAGCUCCCCGAGAGCCUCACACCUCCCGCCCAGACACCCCCACCGCAGCCCUGCCACCCCAAGCCCCACCGCGGGCACCCCUGCCGGCGUGCGGUACACCACCCACGCCCCUCCUGUCUAUUCCUCCACCACCCCAAUGCUCUCCUUGCGCCAGCGCAUGAUGAACUCAAGAUUCCGGAACCCCUUCUCGCGCCAGCCUGCCAGAUCCCCUACCAGACAAGGUUACAAUGGCCGACCAAAUGUAGAAGGGAAAGUGCUUCCUGGUAGUAAUGGGAAACCAAGUGGACAAAGAAUUAUCAAUGGCCCUCAAGGAACAAAGUGGGUCGUCGAUCUCGAUCGUGGGUUAGUGUUGAAUGCAGAAGGAAGGUACCUCCAGGAUUCACAAGGAAAUCCUCUUCGGAUUAAACUAGGAGGAGAUGGUCGCACCAUUGUGGAUCUGGGAGGGACCCCGGUGGUGAGCCCAGAUGGCCUGCCCCUCUUUGGGCAGGGGCGGCAUGGCAAACCUGUGGCCAGUGCCCAGGAUAAGCCCAUUCUGAGUCUUGGAGGGAAGCCUCUGGUGGGCUUGGAGGUUGUCAAAACAACCACCCAUGCCCUCGCUCCAACUGCACGACCUACCACGACGACCCCGAGGCCCACAACCACCACCACCCGCCCAACCACCACCAUUCGAACCACUACGCAGACGACCACCACCACCCCUGAACCCACUACCCCCAUUCCCACCUGUCCCCCUGGGACCCUAGAACGGCAUGAUGAAGAUGGCAACCUCGUAACAGGCUCCAGCGGGGUCCCCGAGUGCUACCCUGAAGAAGGUAACGACCUUCAUGGUAAUGGUGGCCCAUGUAACUACUUGAACUUGAAUGCUGUAUUCAAAAUGGGAAUUCUGUUUGAAGUCCGUUUCCUGCAGAAAAGCUCCAAACGCAUGAUAUUCCCUUAUGCAGACUCAUUCUACAGCAUUGGGGACAGCUGGGGAAGAGGUGAAGAUCAUUGCCAGUUUGUGGAUUCACACCUUGAUGGAAGAACAGGGCCUCAGUCCUAUGUAGAAGCUCUCCCUACCAUUCAAGGCUACUUCCGCCAGUAUCGCCAGGAGCCGGUCAGCUUCGGCAACAUUGGUUUUGGAACCCCCUACUACUACGUGGGCUGGUAUGAGUGUGGGGUCUCCAUUCCAGGGAAGUGGUAACCACGGGAAGAUCAUGCUGAGAGCUCACCCAUCCGGCCGCCUUGACUAACUUGCACUAGGGACUGUGAGCAGGAAAAGAUAGUGUCCCAAGCCCCAUCGACCCUGGGUGCCGGCAAGGCCACGUGAUGGACACUGGACAUCUCAGGCAUCUCUGGUCUGGAACGCGGUCCUACUUCUUGGCCUGGACUACACACAGAAUUCAGUGUUGCUGUUAACUUUGCUUCUCCACAUGUUUUGAUUAUAAUAGCACCUGCCAGAGACAGCAGAAACACACAGCUACAGGGGAUGCCCACUGACUCACUGCAGUCUUCACACUUUAUAGGCGCAAAAUUCAGACAUGUCAGUGUCUCCAGGGAACAGCAUAAACAUGCUGGACUUGCUUCAUGGAAUGCUACACGCUUUCUCUUUUCUCACUGGACUCUUCUAAAAGUAGCCGAAUUUAAGCUUCAGGUAUCUCACUGUGCAGUAGAACUGAGUUACUAAAAACACCACCAAGGGAAAUAUAUCCUACUUAAGAUUUAUCCCGUGGGCGUACCCACUGCUAGACCAAAUGUAUCAAAUUAUAUUUGUAAAUUCUCAAUUUUGAUAUAUAUAUAUAUGUAUAUAGGCAUAUACAUAUCCUCACUUGUCUGCAAGAACACUGAUUAAAGUUGCUACAUUUGUACUUGUUCACUAGAUAAA